UGUGUGUGUGUGUGAGAGAGAGAGAGAGAGAAUGGAUGCUAGGCUUCACAAAGCAGCUCUAAUGGGGGAUGUUCACUCCUUCACUAAAAUGCUUGAUGGAAAUGCUCACAUUCUCGAUAAAGCAGAUGAUUUUACCGAGACCCCUUUGCACAUUGCAGCUCUAUUUGGGCACCUGGAGUUUGCAAAGGUGGUCUUAAGUAGAAAACCAAAACUUGCAAGUGUACUAGACUCUGAACGAUCCUCGCCUUUGCACUUGGCAUCGGCCAAAGGGCAUGUAGAGAUGGUAAAAGAGCUCUUAAAGAUUGACCCUGAUAUGUGCCUUGUUCGUGACCAAGAUGGAAGGACUCCUCUCCAUGCAGCAGCACUCAAAGGCCGGGUGGAGGUGGUGAAGGAGAUAGUUCGUGCAAACAGAAUAGCGAUGCAUGUUUUGACCGGUCGCAGGGAGCCAAUUUUGCACCUGUGUGUGAAUCAUGGCCAGUUCGAGAUUGUGAGAGUGCUCUUAGAGCGUGUAGAGAAUGAUGAAGAUGGUGAGUUGGUGAAAAUGAAGGAUGAUGACGACAAUACCAUCCUCCAUCUUGCGGUUGCUAAGAAGCAUAUCAAGCUGACAGAGUUUUUGCUCCUAAAAACCAAGAUAACGAUGGAGGUGAAUGCCUUGAACGUACACGGUUUCACAGCCUUGGAUGUUUUACUUCAAAAUCAUAGCAAAUCAAACGAUAUGAAACUUGAAGGGAUCCUCCGUGGCGCUGGAGCUAAAAAAGCCGACGUUUUGCAUCCUUGCACGAAAGAGGAUUGGAAAAUUCAACCAUUGUCUCCUGAGAAGAAUAGGUGGAAGAAGCACAUUGAUUGGUUGAAUGAGACGCGGAGCGUACUAAUGGUGGUGGCAGUAUUGAUAUCUACCGUCACAUUCCAAGCUGGAACAAACCCUCCCGGUGGGGUUUGGCAGGAUGAUAAGGAUGCUACGGAGGAUCUCAGAGGCCACACUGCAGGCGAGUCGAUCAUGGCUGACAAAUAUCCAAGCGUCUACAAAUUGUUCACGGUUUUCAAUGUGAUAGCCUUCAUUGCAUCUUUGAGCAUAAUCUUAUUGCUGAUAAGUGGAUUCCCUCUUAAGAGGCGGAUUUUUAUGUGGACCUUGAUGGUCAUCACAUGGAUGGCCGCGUCUUCCAUGAUAGUUACUUAUGGCCAAGCCUUUUAUACUGUCUCCACAGGAGAAAUGUUGUCUAGUCGCAUUAGGUAUCUCAUUUCAAUCCUUGGGUGGUUCGGAUUGAUUGGUCUACUCUUCACAGCGCAUUUCUUUCGCUUCAUUGUACGGGUGGCCAGGAAAGUUACAAUCUUCAUAUAUGCAAUCUUCAUAUAUGCAUAUAGAAACAAGCAACCUUCAAAGGAUGCAACCAGCGUUGAUGUUGAGUCCCGCAUUGAACACAACUAA